AUGCCAUGCGCCUUACCCACUACGGAUGCGACACCGGAAGAUCCCCCUGCGCCGUCUUUCGAGCAAGUUAAGACAGCACCUCCCAGGCCACAGCAUCCGCACCCAUCUGAUGAACCCUACACACCCAAGAAACGAGGCCCGGACGAAGUCAAGCAGACUAUCGAUGAUGUCUUUCAGACGUACGACCCCUUUCUUGAUCGCCUAAAGAACGGAUCAUUGCUGUCCGAAGAAUUCAAGCUUGGGGGAGAGAUGAGUUCGGUCUUUGCGCGCGAUUUGAUCGGUAUGGACAAAGACGAGACCGAUCUUUCAGCUAAACACAAAUUUUCGGCCCGAGUCUCUCUGCUCUCUGGCGCUUCCGGGACCGGAAAGACUCAGACAUGUGCACGCCUCCUUGGAAACUUCUGUGGUUUAGGUAUUUCCUGUCGGCCCCCCGAACUCGGAAAGGAUCCCACCGAUCCUGGCUUUCGGAGUUGUUCCGGCAUUCUGAACUCUCUCGCAGACAGGUCCAAGUUCGGCCCAAUAUCUGGCGACACAGCACAACUCGGGGAGAAUCGGACAAUUGUGCGAACCUGCGUCUUGACUUCGGUCCUGUCUCGGAUUUCCGUUCUCGAAGCAUUCCUGAAGUGCAAACCAGACGCUGUGUCUGUUGAGACUUGGAAGAUGCAGUGGGCUUUGUUUGAGCUUCAUCCCGAGCUGUCAUACAAGGACUUUCCUGAACUCUAUCAGGAUAUCUGCGAGCGCCUGGAAGACGACCUUCGAGACGCUUCUCCAUCUGCGAUUUGGGCUAUCCUUCGGGCUACCAUGCAUCGGCUAAAAUCCAACUUCUCAGAAUACAUGAAGAUUUUCUACCUGAUUAUUGACGAGGCUCAGUUUGGCGCACUGGAAUACACCUCUCAUUUUCGCUCUCGCGCUGACCCUGAUCGUCCUCGCUCAUUCUUGACCGAGGUGGUUAACGUUCUUACGGGGUUCGGCCUAUUCACUCAUACCGUCAUCUCCGGAAUCAGCCUAUCUGAGGACCAAAUCAUAGACUCCGUGCAGUCCACGACCGCUCGCUUGGGUACCCGCCUGAAGGUGGUCUAUAUUCCAGAUGGUUUCUACGACAAGGAAGAGCAACGGAAGUAUAUACUCAAGCAUCUUGGGCCCUGGGCUGAAAAGCGCAAAAUACCGGUAAAGUCCUUCAAACGGCUUGUCCAGCGGAUGCUGGACUUGUUUCCCGGCCGGUAUCGAGUGACCGCGUGCUUCAUCGAGAUAGUGCUUCGAUCCGAUACCGAAUGUCCUCAUCGACUCUUCACUCUGUUUGCUCUGCGUCUAACUGGUGGCUAUGUGUGUACGGAUGGAGGUCAGAUUGAGCGCGAAGAGGCAUGCCUCGAAGGCAAAGCGAUCGAGCUCGCCAACGAGAUCAGACCGAUCAUCGACUGGAAGGAGUACGACUCCUUGCCCCCUGACGUCAAGACGACGGUCAUCCACAUGGUCGCACGCUACAUCACCACCGGGACCAUGUCCACUGUCACUGACAAGGAGCUGAAGCUCGUCAAGGCUAGUAUAGGGCAUGUACGCUGCGAAGAGACCUACGACGGGAGCACUGACAAAGUCGGAAGCACUGGCUUAGGAGCCACUGGCAAAGGAACCACUGGCAAAGGAACCACUGGCAAAGGAACCACUGGCAACGGGACCACUGGCAACGGGAGCGCCGACGACGGGAGCACAGACAAGAGCAGUGCUCACAAGUCCGAGUCGCGCGGCGCCGAUGGACAAAAGGCCUUCGUCGUUUCCAUCACCGAGCCGCUGGUGAUUUUCUCUCUUAUGAUCCGUUGCAAGGACGAGUUGAUCAAGGCCGUGGGCGACUCCACGCGCUGGGCGCCCGAACCCUGUUCGCAAGGACGAUCGUACGAACUUCAGAUCUUGGUCAUCAUCGCGCUGAUGUUCGGCGGCCAGUUCCGCAGGUUGGGCGAUCUUCUUCUGUUUCGCGAGAAAUACAAACAUCUGGAGGAUCUCGAAUGUGAGCUCGUCGCCAUUUACAAGGUUGAUGGCGAGUAUGUCGCGUCCUCGGCUGGGUGGGGUUGUGGUCCUAGCAGCAGCCUGCCACUCGGGUUCAGAGCCAACAAGGCCCCAGAUUUGAAGGAGACCGUUGAACGUGGUGUAGGAGCCGCGUUCUAUCUCCCCGACCCGAACAACCACAUCGACGUGGAAUUCUAUGCUAGACCCAAGGGUUCUUCGAAGAUUAUCAGGAUCCAUGUGCAGGCCAAGUUUACUACUGGGGAGAACGGUAAAAUCAGGUCGGUGACUUUCCGGGAGGCCAAACAGUCUCUUGACCCGGAAUGGAUCUACAUGUCUCGCUGCAACAAACCGGGAGAACCGGACAGGAAACUUUCGACUGAGGAAGGCCCCGCGAUCAUGGAGAUCUUCGAGAAGAUGCGACUCGCAAAGCACGGAGACUACGAGCCUCUGGUCCCACUAUCCGCCGAGGAGGAAGCGAAAAUUCCGGACCAUAUCAGCGUCAUUGCCAUCGCGGGGCCUGAGGAGACUCCCAAGCACUUCUGGAAGUGCGAAGAGGACGUCUGGGGCCCUCUGUCUGUAACCCAGAGUUGGCCAUUCAAGAGAUAUUUUGGCGCUACCUGGGCGCUGGCUGGUGCUCAGAACAUGGUCAGGGUUCCAGAGCCGAGGGCAACCUAG